GAGGUCACCAAGUUCCAUGGCCCAAAGGCUUGAGGGCAAGGGUGCUGGCCCAUCUCCAACCCAAGGACUCAAGAGCUCCUGAGAGGGACACGUUGUAUUGGGAACCAGGAACACUCCAAGUGCUGACCCCUGAGCCAGGACGAGGGGCAGGAGGUGCCAUCCAGGAGGUCACGGGAGCCCCCGGCCUGGCUUGGGUGCUAUCCACGCCGCCAGGCCACCAUGGUCCUUGGCUGGCCACUGGUUCUGGUGUUGGUCCUGUGCCCGGGGGCGACAGGCAUCAAGGACUGCGUCUUCUGUGAGCUGACUGACUCCACUCAGUGCCCAGGCACACACAUGCGCUGUGGGGACGACGAGGAUUGCUUCAUAGGUCACGGAGUAGCCCAGGGCGUGGGGCCCAUCAUCAACAAAGGCUGCGUGCACUCCACCAGCUGUGGCCGUGAGGAGCCUGUCAGCUACAUGGGCCUCACCUACAGCCUCACCACCACCUGCUGCUCUGGCCAACUCUGCAACGGGGGUGCUGGUUCUGACACAGGGACCCCCAGCCUGGCCCUGAGUCUGCAGCUGCUCCUGGGCCUGUCGCUGCUACUUCAAUACUGUCUGUGACCUACAGGAACUGCAGGGCCUGGGGCUGUGCCCUGUGCCCCCCGCCUCCACCCCUUCCCCCCAUUAAAUGGCCAGAGGUGCAGUCUGCCUCCUGUGGCCCUGGCUUCCUCCGGGCUGGCAAGGCCCCUGACAUGCCAUCGUGAGGGGUGCGGCCUGUGACUCUCACUGCUGUGCUGUGCCCCACUGGUCCUAAGACGCACACCUUUUCACUUUGCUCAGGUGCCUCUUUGUGUCCGCGUCACCUUAGAGUUCGUGAAAUACGGUAAAAGACAAUAAUACCAGA